CGCGGGAGGAGAAUAUGCAAGGUUGACGAACAACCCAAACCCUAACCUAACACCCGGUCGGCAGACAAAGCCGGGAACCGCAGCUCAUCAUCAUCCGAUAAUAAAUACGUCGGCUGCUUGCGAGUACGUCAGAUGAUACGAUCACCUCCGUGCCCGGACAUGAGCAACCCACUGCUGCACAACAUUUGAUCACUGGCUACUGUUAGAAAAUCAGGCAUUGCAAGGAACCGUACUACAUCUCGCAGCAGCUGCAUGGCCACAACCACACAAGAGUAAAAGAUACCAACAAGCCCAGCUGACUCGCAUUGCACCCGACACAACAAUGAGCAGCCCAAUCGACCGCGUCGUCAAAGGCGCACCACCUCCCGACCUCUCCCCCGACCAAAUCGCCGCCAGUGCUCGUGCAAUCUCCCAACACUCCAUUACCGCUCCCAUACCACCUCAUCACAGCAACAGUAGUGACCCUAGAGAUGCUCUACCUUCCAGCCCACCCCAGAUCUACCUCAAUCUGCUCAUCCUCGAAUCUUCCCUGCGACUGCAAUACUUGAGUCUCCGGGCUCGCCUCCGAUUACACUGCCUUCUACUCCUCGCACUGACCGCAUGGGUUCUGGUCUUUACCUAUCUGCUCUUCUUCCGUCCCCGUGAAGACGGCCAGGGCGUCGGCGGCAGCGUCUACUGGGUCCUCGAAUCCGGCGAGAAGCUCGCCUGGUGCUCCGGUGUCGUUACGUUCUGUCUCUUCUGGGGCUCGGGAAUGUACGCGCGGGGUGUCCACUGGCCGCGACGCUUCAUCUCCACGACCAACCGUGGUCUGCGCGGCUUCAACCUCAAAGUCGUGGUCGUCAAGGGUUCCUUCCUCGCCGAACUCGGCGGCUGGAUUGCUGUUCUUGAUCCUCUCGGCUAUCUCCAAGCCAAGCGUGUCAAUUUCCAAAUUGUCCCUCGUGACAUCGAAGCCGGCGCCGCGCGGGAUCAUUGGAAUGCACACGCCGCACGCCAUGGUCUUCUCGAGGAAGAUAUCGCGCCCGGUGGCGAUGCACUUCGCGUACUUCUUCUCCCCAAGCCUUUCAGCCCGGACUUCCGGGAAGGCUGGGAUACUUACCGGCAGGAGUACUGGGAGAAGGAAAACGCACGGCGGGCUGCGCUGCGGGCUGUGGUGCGCGCGCGCGAGCGCGAAGUCGCCCGCCGUGAAGGCGGUUGGCUAUGGUGGACCGGCUGGCGCGGAUGGAAGAAUGUCCGCAUUAUUCAGAGCCGUCAGAGCCGGAGACAGAUGGAUCUAGCGAAACUGGCACUCCGGGAGAAAGCGGUCAACGUAGCGGCCAAGCGCAUGAAGGACCGACUAAGAGACGAUGCAUCCGUUUCAUCUCGGGCCUCAUCACGAUCGAGCACGCCUGCGCCCGCGGACGGAGAUGGCACAGGACAGCAAUCGAGGCAAGGGAGUGUAGAUGGCCGUCGGCACAGACGAGCUAGUAGUUCGGCGAGCAGCACGACGGGAGCAGGAGCGUCACGACGGUCGAGAAAGGGUCUUUCGGGGAAUGAGAAGAGUCGGCUGAGCGCGACGGAGACGCUGUUUGGAGAUUCCGGGUGGGACCCAUCGGCGAUGAAAAUGACGGAGAUUAAGAAGGAGGAUUCUUCUCAGCAACGACAGCAGCAGCAGCAGCAGCAGCAUACGCCGGUUGUUCCGACGAUUAAGGUCGAGACGGUGCUUGCGGAUCAUCAGAUCAAGCGGGAACCUGAGGAGAUCUAGGAUCUUCUCCUUUGAUUAUUGCUCUGUUGCAUGACGAUUUAGCUAAGAUGUUAUGUGUGUUACUAGAGUUGAUACAUGACGUUAGAUGCGCAAUUGAUCUCUGGGGACACUCCUGUAUCUGAUCACAACGAAACACCGCAUGAACGCUCGACUAAUCACCAACGAAUACCCCUGUGUUGCAAUGUACACCCUACAGUCUAGCCAUCCCUCA